UGUUGGCAAGUUCGUUGCGUUGACAGGUCCUUCAGAAAAUGUUGUUGUAGAUAACACAUCCUCCAACUUCACUCUGCAUCCUUUCUUCAUCAUCAUUUCUCAUAUUGCCUCUCCGCCAUGGCCACCGGCGCCACCCUCCUCACCGACCUCCCUUUCCGGCGUCCUCACCCUCUCACUCUUCUUCGCCCCUCAAACAUUCCUUCUUUCCACCCCCUUCACGUUUCUCUCCGAAACAAUCACCUUCGCCCCAAUUUCAGAUGUUCAAUCGCCGAAGGCUCCACCGCUCUUUCCCCUUCCAAGGCCUCUGGUCAAUCUUCCAUGGUGGAUUGUGUGGUCGUCGGUGGUGGAAUUAGCGGCCUCUGCAUCGCUCAAGCUCUUCAAACAAAGCACCCCAAUGUUGCCCCUAACAUCAUCGUCACUGAGGCUAAGGAUCGCGUUGGAGGCAACAUCACUACUGUUGAAAGGGACGGCUAUCUCUGGGAAGAAGGGCCUAAUAGCUUCCAGCCUUCCGAUCCUAUUCUCACUAUGGUGGUGGAUAGUGGCUUGAAAGAUGAUUUAGUUCUGGGAGACCCGGAUGCACCUCGAUUUGUAUUGUGGAAUGGAAAGCUCAGACCAGUGCCUGCGAAGCCUAAUGAUUUACCUUUCUUUGACCUGAUGAGCCUUGGUGGAAAAAUCAGAGCAGGCUUUGGUGCACUGGGCAUUCGCCCUCCUCCUCCAGGUCGUGAGGAAUCAGUUGAAGAAUUUGUUCGUCGAAACCUUGGCGAUGAAGUUUUUGAACGCUUGAUAGAGCCAUUUUGUUCUGGUGUUUAUGCUGGUGACCCUUCAAAGCUAAGCAUGAAAGCAGCUUUUGGUAAGGUUUGGAAGCUAGAGCAAAAUGGUGGUAGUAUUAUUGGUGGGACUUUCAAAGCAAUUCAAGAAAGGAAUAAAGCUACCAAGCCACCAAGAGAUCCGCGUCUACCAAAGCCUAAGGGCCAAACUGUUGGAUCUUUUAGGAAAGGACUUGCCAUGUUGCCAAAUGCUAUUUCUACUUGCUUGGGCAGUAAAGUAAAAUUAUCUUGGAAGCUAUCUAGUAUCAGUAAAGUGGAUGAUGGAGGUUACAGUUUGACAUAUGAAACGCCAGAAGGACUAGUCUCCAUACUAAGCAGAAGUGUCAUCAUGACAGUUCCUUCUUAUAUUGCCGGCACUCUGUUGCGUCCAAUCUCGGGGAAAGCUGCAGAUGCACUUUCAAAAUUUUAUUAUCCACCAGUUGCAUCAGUGACCAUAUCAUAUCCAAAAGGAGCAAUUAGGAAAGAAUGCUUGAGUGAUGGUGAACUAAAGGGGUUUGGUCAAUUGCACCCUCGUAGCCAGGGGGUAACAACUUUGGGAACUAUAUACAGCUCAUCACUUUUUCCUAAUCGAGCACCAGAUGGAAGGGUAUUGCUCUUGAACUACAUUGGAGGGGCUACUAAUACUGAAAUUCUUUCCAAGACGGAGAGCGAACUCGUGGAAGUAGUCGAUCAGGAUUUGAGAAAAAUCCUCAUAAACCCAAAUGCAGAGGAUCCUCUGUCAUUGAGCGUGAGGGUGUGGCCGCAAGCCAUUCCACAGUUCUUGAUUGGUCAUCUCGAUCUUCUGGAUACCGCUAAGGCUGGAUUGAGAGAGGCUGGAAUGGAAGGGCUAUUUUUAGGCGGAAACUAUGUAUGUGGUGUGGCCUUGGGGAGAUGUGUGGAGGGUGCCUAUGAAACUGCAGCUGAGGUAGCUGGUUUUCUGUCUAAAAAAGUGUAUAAAUAAUUAGCUUUUUUUUUGUGUGUGCUUUCUACCAUUAGGCAGAUAUGGAACUGACGGGCUCUUCACGCCCUUGAGCUGUAACUUGUAACUUGUAAAGGAUAGCUUGAUUUUUGUCUUGUUUUGUUGCUAGCAAUAGUUGUAAUCCUAUUUUUAGGAUGAAUCCUAACAUGUUGAGCUCUCCAAAACUUCUUGAUUGACUUUCAACGAACCCCAUUGUUUUAGUUAUUAUA